AUGCUCUCUAGUGACCACAACGGGCACCUGCUGAGUUUCGACGGAGCUCCAAGCGAGAUGGGUCCGGGGGCGCCGCAUGCAUCCUCUGGAGCCUCCCGAAUUGUGGCGGCCACGGGACACUUCCUGGAGAAGGCUACCGCGAACGAAGCCGAAUAUGCCGGAUUGGUCAAAGGCACGCAACUUGCUCUAAACGCGGGGAUCCAGGAACUGGUAGUAGUUGGAGACUCCCGAUUAGCAAUACAGCAGCUCCAGGGGGUUAUCGGUUGUACCCAACCCCACCUGUUGAGGCUGCUCCAGGAAGCCGAAGGACUCCAAGCUAAGUUCAAAUCCUUGCGCCUGGUACAUGUGAAGAGAAACUUCAACGCCGCCGCCGACUAUAUUUCCAAACGGAUCAUCCAAAAGCAGUCAUCUUUAGAAGUCACGGACCUCGGGGAACGGAAGUUGCUUCAAGGCCUGAACCGGAUCCACGAAAAACUGAUGAAGGACCCGAGUCCCAGGGAACAGUCGCUGAUGGAGUGCGCUUUCAUUGCCACAGCCCGGGGCAUACCUAGGUGUUCCCCGGUGGGUGAAACAUUCGUGACGACGCGCUCAGCGUCCGAGCAAAGCAACCCUGAGGGCGCUCGUAGGGAACGAUGGAGGAGGAUCUGCUCCCACCAGGCGCACGACCCAGAGCUAGCACCCCUGGUGAAUUUCCUCCGAGGCGAGACAGAACAGUUGACUCUGAGGCAGACAACGCACCUGGCCAAGAUAGCGGACUAUCGAAACACUCCAGAACGGCCCCGGGACGCUGCCGAUCGUCUCCGUCUGGUGGUCCCCCAGGACUUCCAAGAGGAUAUUCUGCACCAUUGUCACGCAGACCUCCAAGGCGCUCACCAGGGCUUCAUCCGGACUUAUGAGAGACUGUGCAAAGAAUUCUACUGGAUUGGGAUGUUCAAGGACACGGAAUGA